UCUCAUCAAUUUUCUCCUUUUCCUUAUUAAGUAUUUCCCAAUUUCAUUUCAUCUUUAUUAUCCCACAUGGCCAACCUUGGAGCUAGAACCAAUGGAAUUUCAUCAAACCAAGUCGAGAUCCCUAUCCAUGCAAAUGGUGUGGAGUCAAAACCAAGCGAAGAGAGCAACAUUGACUACUCUCAAAGGGCUCAGUGGCUUCGAGCAGCAGUGUUAGGAGCCAAUGAUGGGUUAGUCUCUGUUGCUUCACUUAUGAUGGGUGUUGGAGCUGUUAAGAAAGACAUCAGUGCCAUGCUUGUUGCUGGUUUUGCUGGAUUAGUUGCAGGGGCUUGUAGCAUGGCAAUUGGAGAGUUUGUCUCUGUGUACACUCAGUAUGACAUAGAGGUGACUCAGCUUAAAAGGGAGAGAGAGGCUGCUAAUAACAAUGGAGAAGCUCAAAGGGAGAAGCUGCCAAACCCUUUUCAGGCUGCAAUGGCAUCAGCACUGGCAUUUUCUGUUGGUGCAUUGGUGCCAAUGCUAGCAGCUGUGUUUAUAAGGAACCACAAGAUUAGGAUGGGAGUUAUUGGUGGUGCAGUUAGCUUGGCAUUGUUGGUGUUUGGAGUGAUAGGAGCAGUGCUUGGAAAAACUCCAGUGAAGAAAUCUUGUUUCAGGGUGCUCAUUGGAGGUUGGAUGGCCAUGGCCAUAACAUUUGGCCUCACCAAAUUGGCUGCCUUUGCUCAACUUUGAACAUCAUUCAGUUACUUGUCAUUUACUUUUCUAUGAUGUCUCCGAGCUUUGUUUCAACUCUUA